AUGUUUGAAAAGAAAAAAGAGGAAACCCAUAUUUUUCCUACAACAUCGAUUUCAGAAUUACAAGAUAGGCCUUUUCCAAAGACAUCGGCAUAUCUAGUUAUAGGUGAUGAAAUUCUCGAUGGAAAGACUGUUGAUUCAAAUUCUGGAUUUUUCGCUAAAUUUUGUUUUAAUCAUGGGAUUUACUUGAAAAGAAUUGAAGUAAUUCCGGACAAGGAAGAGGAAAUAAUUGAAGCCGUAAGGCGUCUUAGCAGUAAUUACGAUCUUGUCGUUACUAGCGGUGGCAUUGGACCUACUCAUGAUGACAUCACGUAUCUGUCAAUUGCUCGCGCAUAUAAUCUUCCGUUGGUUUAUCAUCAGUCAACGUUAGAUCGUAUGGCAGUUACAGGGCAAAGCGUAUCAUCUCACUUGAAAUCAUUGGAAUCAAAGCCAACAAAAGCAAUGAUUGAAGCAAAACACCGAAUGGCAUUGUUCCCACAGUCAUCUCGUGUUAUUUUCCCUCAUGAAAAUUUCUGGGUUCCUAUAGUUAUUGUUAAUGAGAAUAUUCAUAUCUUACCUGGUGUCCCAAAAAUAUUUGAGGCAUUGCUUACUGGAUACAGUAGAUAUCUUCUUAAAGGUGAUAAAUUUGUCAGAAAGUUUGUUAAAACAUAUUAUCCAGAAUCAUUUAUUGCACCGAUAUUAACGGAAGCUCAAGAGAAAGUAAAAGACUUUGGUGUUAAAAUUGGUAGCUAUCCUGAAAUGACAGAGGACGAUAAAUACGUAGUGGUGAUAAGUUUUUUAGCAAAAGGUAAUGCAGAAGUUGCAGAAGUUGUUGAAAAAAUUUCCAAAGAGGUUUCUAAAAAGAUAGAGGGUGUGAUCGUUGAUUAA